AAAAAGCCUGCGUACACAUCCAACACUUGUCAGAUGACCCUGAUCGUUGUGUUUCUCCACUGCAACCAGAGCAGAAGAAAACAAGAUGACUGUCAUGGACUUUCUCUGGAUGUCCUUUUUAAAUUGAGGAAGAAGGCUGAAGACUAAGGGAAAAGGUGAAAUCCACAAUGAACUGUAUUGCUGUGCUGGUGAUUUCAGCCAGUUUCUUCUCUUGGAACUCUGCAAAAUACCACCACCACAAUCAAGACAAGGACAAAGAUCUAAAAUACCUCUUGGAACCUCUGGUAUAUGCUGAGGUCACUGCUCGCCGUGGAAACACAGUUGUUUUGCCAUGUGUGAUGAGAUUUAAACCAUCGCACUACAGAGUAAAGUGGACUAAAGUUGAGCCUUCUAGUAAAGGAGUGGAAAACAUAGUGCUUAUAACAAACGGACAAGCAGAUAAGCAGUAUGGCUCAGUCGGGCCUCGGGCGUCUCUCCUGCGUGCACAUAACCUGGAUGUUUCUCUGCGUCUUACUGACCUGGAGCUGGAAGAUGACGGCAGCUACCGCUGUGAACUGAUCAACGGAAUUGAGGAUGAAAGUGUCAUUAUUACUCUGAGAAUUGAAGGAGUUGUAUUUCCUUAUCAGAGCCACAAUGGUCGGUACAGAUUUACAUUCUUUGAUGCAAAAGAAGCUUGUGCUGAACAGGAUGCCACACUUGCCUCUUACAAGCAGCUUUACAGGGCCUGGACUGAAGGGUUGGACUGGUGCAAUGCUGGAUGGCUGAGCGAUGGAACUGUCAAUUACCCAGUCCUGCAACCACGGCCGGCUUGUGGAGGGGAUCUUCUUUCAGGCAUCCGAAGUUACGGGCCCCGUCACAAAACACGGGACCACUAUGAUGCUUUCUGCUUCACCUCCACCACUAAGGGCUCUGUGUUCUUCAUUCCGGGGCCAUUCACUUCUGCCGAGGCUGAACGUGCCUGCAGACGGGAUGGUGCCAGUCUAGCGAAGGUUGGUCAGAUCUACUCAUCUUGGAAGUUUCAGCAGCUUGACCACUGCGAUGGAGGCUGGCUGCAGGAUGGCAGUGUACGGUUCCCUAUCAUCAAACCAAGGGAGCGCUGUGGAGGCAUUGCAGAACCAGGGGUUCAUAGCUUCGGGUAUCUCAGCAAAAGUUUGCAGCUUUAUGGGGCUUAUUGCUACAGAUAACUGCUCCAUGUUUUGCUGCCUGGUAUAUUUCUACUACAGAAUGUCUGCACAUACAUGGCACACUGGUCUAAAGGUGAAGUCCCUAAAGUGGUGCAGAAUGUGUCCUUCAUUUGCGGAACAUAACGGAAUGAUUAUAACUAGAGGCUCUCUGCAGUGUAGAGCUGCAGGAAAAGGAAUAUAUGAGCUACAGUUAGCGUUUUGGCUUAAGGCUAGCAUUCACAUCCAUCAUCAGUUCAUUUACUAAGCUUUUUUUUUUAAAGCAAAAAUGUUUGGGUCCUGCUAGGAAUACAUCACUUUCAAAUUAAGUGUGGAUUGACACAAAGGCUUUACUCCUGCUUGAAUAGCUGCUACUGUAGCUUGAAAUGCUAACUCAAUAGCUUUGUAUGAGGCGCCAUGUAGAAUUUAAAUCAAACUUCGCUUAUCAAUACAUAUAUAAAACACGUGCAUGUUCACAUAUAAAUUAGUCACAUACUACUGGAUAUUCAAAAUACAUAUAUAAAAUGCACGUGAACACUAUGAAAUCAAUACGAAUACAUGCAAUGUAUGCAUACACACUUGUGAAUAACUUGCGUAUAUAAACUUGAUGUGUGCAUACACCUACAGACCCUGGCACAUUCAUAUAAACUUGAUCCGUGCAUACACACCUAUUAAACACUCGCACAUACAUAUAAACUUGAUCCGUGCAUAUACACCUAUUAAACACUUGAACAUAGUUUUAGCGUGAACGGAAGUAACCGCGUUUGCAAUCAUGGACAGAGAUCUGUGUCAUUCCUAAUCGUUUGCUCAAUCAUUCAAAAAAAAAAAGUUUAAAUAAAGCGAAAGCUAAAUAUUUAUACACACACUGCAUUGUGGUGCACUUUGAGAUGAAUUAUCCACGGACCAUGCUAUCACCAGAAUAUCCGCCAACAUGAUCUUUUUACUAAACCCUUUAUCCAUGAAACAGGUUUUAUUAGGUUGUGCUUGAUUGAUUACCUUUGAUUAUCCCGAUUUUUUUUAUUUUAUUUGCAUAUGAUGUUAAACUAUUACACUGAUAAAGAUCCAUCAUUCAUCCACCAUCAGAUAAAAAACCAAAUGUUAAUUCUGAGAAUGUUCUCUCUCGGACUAAAUCUAAAAUAUCUUAAACUGUGUUCUGAAGAUAAACGGAGGUCUCACGGGUUUGGAAUGACAUGAGGGUGAGUUAUUAAUGACAUAAUUUAGAUUUUUGGGUAAACUAUCCCUUUAAUUCUGAAAAUGGCUAAGCUCACUUAGUUGGGAACACAUUUUAUAUUUUUUAACUAGAGGCAGUUAAACUCUCUCUCUCUCUCUCUGUGUGUGUGUGUGUGUAUGUGUGUAACUUGCAUGGUUUGGAAGGUAUUUCAUGAAGAUUGCACAGAAGUGAAAUUCUCACCUUUUUCUAGAUCGAAACUGCCAGUUACCUUACUGCUGGCGAGUGUGAUAUCAUGGUCCAUGAACUUGCCGGUGUUCUGAAAUGUUCAGUGUCUGAGAUAUUUGGUGUCAUUGAGAAUAAAGAACUAUGUAUAAAGACUUGUAUGCAGUAACAUUUAACUAUUUAACUUGUUUUCUCCUUAAAAAAGGUGUCACAUGUAAGUGCAUGAGAGCCUACAGUUCAUGUGGAGAAGCUGUUUGUUUGCAAUCAAUGUACAGAAUAUGUUACAAAUCAGCAGAGUUUGAUACUUGCACUUCUGCCUAUUCUUUUUUUCCUAGUUUGCAGAAGCUCUUCUACUGGGGGAGACUUACAUUUUCACAUGCACACAUACAUGGGUAAACAUUCUCAGAAUUAACAUUUGGUUUUUUAUCUGAUGCAGGGGAUGGUGGAUCUUUAUCAGUGUAAUAGUUAAACAUCAUAUGCGAAUAAAAUAAAAAACUUGUAUACUAUUUGAUACAAAUAUUGUAUUAUUAACCAAUUUUGAAGUUUAACUACAUUCUGUUCCUGAAAUCCACACUUUUGAAAUCGAGAUAAUCAAAGGUAACCCAAUCAAGCACAACCUAAUAAAACAUGUUUCGUGGAUAAAGGGAUUAGUAAAGAAAUCAUGUUGGUGGAUAUUCUGGUGAUAGCAUGGUCCGUGGAUAAUUCAUCUCAAAGUGCACCACAAUGCAGUAUAUGAUUAAAGACAAAAACAAAGUGUAUAAAGACAUUUUACAACCUUUUUAUAACUAUAUAGUACAUUUUAUCUACUAAAUGUAUUAUUUUGGGGCAAAAAAAAAUUAAAAUAAAAAAAAUUGAGAGAUUAAGAUUCUUUAUAUUCCAAUUCAUAUGUGUAUUAAAAAGCAUUCAGCUUUCACUUUUUUCUUAAAACUUUUUUUUUUUUUAUGUCUGAGUAAACGAUUAGGAAUGACACAGAUCUCUGUCCAUGAUUGUAAAUGCAGUUACUUCCGUUCACACUAAAACGACUUCCUUUUACACUGAAAUGCCCUCCGUUUACACUGAAAAAUUAAUGAACUCACAUCGACAUAUAAAAUCACUUGCAUAUAUAAGUGUGUGUGUGUGCAUGUGUGUACACAAAUAAUGCAAGUUUUUCUCAUCUGAGUGUCUGUAGGUGUAUGCACGCGUCAAGUUUAUAUACGCAAGUUAUUCACAAGUGUGUACAUGCAUACAUUGCUAAAAUUAUAUGUAUUGGUAUCGAUUUCAUAUUAGUGUUCACGUGUAUUUUAUGUAUGUAUUUUUGAACAUCCAGUAGUAUGCAUGUAUAUGUGAGUAAUUUAUAUGUGAAUAUGCACGUAUUUUAUGUAUGUAUUGAUAAGCGCAGUUUGAUUUAAAUCCUACACGGCGCCUCAUAGCUUUGACUAAAGCCGUGCUGUAAAUUGCAGCAGCAAAGGCAUUAAAUAUAUAUAGCAGCAAGAACAAUGUCAACCAAGUCUAAAAAUUAUUCAGUCAAUGUAUAUGCUUUUAUGUACUUUAAUGUUGUUGUUUUUUCCAUUAACUUGUAAAAAAGGAACAAAUUAUCCUUAUGGUCUUAUGUAUUCAUGUUAUACUGUUUAGCACUAUGUACUGAAUGGUGCCUUAUAGUUGGAUUUUAUUUAUUUAUUUUAACAAUGAACAAAAUAGUAAGAUUGUAAAAUGUGUGAAUAAAAUUACCAAAGAAAA